ACUCAAAGAACAAAUGAAAUGGAAACUUUACCUUGGCGGGGUAAAGUUGACAAGAUAAACUGCUUUAAAGUAUUUAAUCAGAUACCCGACCAUUUUCCACAAUAAAGGAGUAUUUUUGUAAACCAAUAUUUCUUACGAAGUAGAAUCGAGAUGCGAAGAGUAAGAGAGUUGCGUGUCUUGAAACUCGUUGCAAUUGAUUUGACAGAAACGUGGAACCGGUCGCAGCUUUUAUUCUCUGUCUUUGCUGUCUUUAACAAAGCCGUUUCUCAACAUCUACAACCAUGAGGACCUACAAUGAAGAACUCAAAUAUCUGGAGAAGGUUACUCCUCGCAGUUGGAGAAUCAAGAAAGGUUUUGUUUCCAAUAUGAAUGUGGAGGGAUUAUUUUAUGUAAAUGAUCACUUGGAGAAACUGAUGUUUGAUGAAUUAAAACAGUCUUGUAACAACCGUGGAUUUGGAGGCUUUUUACCUGCUAUGAAACAGAUUGGCAAUGUUGCUGCACUUCCUGGUAUUGUACAGAAAUCCAUUGGAUUACCAGAUGUCCAUUCAGGCUAUGGGUUUGCUAUAGGUAAUAUGGCUGCAUUUGAUAUGAGUGACCCAAAAGCUGUGGUAUCCCCUGGUGGUGUCGGGUUUGAUAUUAACUGUGGUGUACGUUUGUUGCGAACCAAUUUGGAUGAAAAAGAUGUCGAUCCUAUUAAGGAACAGCUGUGCCAAUGCAUGUUUAACCAUAUUCCAGUUGGUGUUGGUUCAAAGGGAAUAAUCCCUAUGAAUGCUCAAGCUUUGGAAGAAGCUUUAGAAAUGGGUAUGGAUUGGUCAUUGAGAGAGGGUUAUUCUUGGGCUGAAGACAAAGAGCAUUGUGAAGAAUAUGGGCGUAUGUUACAGGCAGAUCCCUCUAAAGUUAGUAGCCGAGCCAAAAAGAGGGGACUUCCUCAGUUAGGAACCCUUGGUGCAGGCAAUCACUAUGCUGAAGUCCAGGUUGUUGACGAGAUUUUUGAUGACUAUGCUGCCCGAAAGAUGGGGAUUGAUCACACUGGGCAGGUGUGUGUCAUGAUUCACAGCGGUAGUCGUGGAAUGGGUCAUCAAGUUGCUACAGAUGCUUUAGUUGCCAUGGAGAAAGCAAUGAAGCGGGACAAAAUUGAAGUGAAUGACCGUCAACUUGCCUGUGCACAAAUCAGCUCUCAAGAAGGCCAAGAUUACCUGAAAAGCAUGGCUGCAGCUGCAAACUAUGCUUGGGUCAACCGGACUAGCAUGACAUUCCUUUCCAGACAGGCUUUCGCCAAAAUCUUCAACAGCACUCCUGAUGACCUGGAUAUGCAUGUGAUUUACGAUGUCUCACACAACAUUGCUAAAGUAGAAGAGCACUUUAUUGACGGCAAGCAGACAACCUUAUUGGUACAUCGAAAGGGCUCAACACGAGCAUUUCCUCCACACCAUCCUCUCAUUCCUGUAGACUACCAGUUAACUGGUCAACCUGUUUUGAUUGGUGGAACAAUGGGAACUUGUAGCUAUGUACUGACUGGUACUGAUCAGGGAAUGGAAGAUACAUUUGGAACAACAUGUCAUGGAGCUGGCCGAGCACUUUCCCGUGCCAAAUCCCGUCGUAAUCUUGAUUACAUGGACGUUUUAGAGGCCUUAAAUGCUCAAGGAAUCAGUAUACGAGUAGCUUCCCCAAAACUUGUUAUGGAAGAGGCACCAAAAUCUUACAAAGAUGUCACAGAUGUUGUAAACACUUGUCAUGAGGCUGGAAUUAGUAAAAAAGCUAUCAAACUUCGUCCUAUUGGAGUCAUUAAAGGAUAAAGAAGAAAAGGAAGAAAAUAACUGUUCAUUGACUGCCUAAAAAGGAUCAAUCUAUUUAUAAUAUGAACAACUGUUAAUUGCCAUCCUGGUUUCUGUUAUAUUACAUUCAAUCCUUUUUAGCAAUAAACUACAUUUUUU